AUUUAUGCACGUAUAUGGUGUAUAUAUAGCGUAUUGCGGCCUCCAUUUGGUUUUGCUUAUGUUAUUGGAGUCACAGAAACCGCUAUGGGAGAAGCAAGUAAAGGAAGAUCUUUGGAACAAACGCCUACAUGGGCUGUGGCUACUGUCUGUAUUGUAUUGGUUGGAAUCUCCAUUCUUAUUGAACACAUGAUCCAAAAGAUUGAACAAUGGGUCAAGAAGAAACAGAAACGAGGUCUAUAUGAGUCAUUAGAAAAGGUCAAAGCAGAACUUAUGUUGCUUGGAUUCAUAUCAUUGCUACUGACGGUAGGAACGGCUCCAAUUACACAAAUAUGCAUAUCGGAAAGCGCUGCGUCCACUUGGCAUCCAUGCAGCAACCAGUAUGAGCAGGCGUUAGACAUAUAUGAAAGUACAGAGAGUCGCCGGAGACUCCUCAGUUGGUCGGAGACUGGUGAAGGCGGCCGUCGCAUUUUGUCGGGAAGCCCCUACACCAAAUGCGCAGAAAAGGGAAAAGUGUCAUUUAUGUCUUAUGAUGGGGUUCACCAACUUCAUAUAUUCAUCUUCGUGCUGGCUGUAUCUCAUGUUUUCUAUUGUAUCCUCACUAUGGCUUUAGGUAGAUUGAAGAUGAGAAAGUGGAAGCAAUGGGAAACAGAAACAAAAACGGAAGAGUACCGAUUCUCGCAUGAUUCAAAAAGAUUUAGAUUUACAAGAGACACAUCUUUUGGAAGAAGACACAUGAGUUUUUGGAGUGAAUCCCCCAUUUUACUUUGGAUUGUCUCUUUCUUUAGACAGUUUAAUAGAUCGGUGGCUAAAGUUGAUUACUUGACGUUAAGACAUGGAUUCAUCAUGGCACAUUUGACACCACACAGCGACUCAAGAUUUGAUUUUCAAAAAUACAUCAAUAGAUCACUUGAAGAAGAUUUCAAAGUGGUUGUGGCAAUCAGUCCACCUAUUUGGUUAUCGGUUGUGGCGUUCUUGCUCUUCAACACUCAUGGAUGGUAUUCUUACUUAUGGCUACCUUUUGUCCCCUUGAUUAUUGUUUUACUGGUGGGGACAAAACUACAAGUAAUAAUAACAAAAAUGGGAUUAAAAAUAGAAGAAAGAGGAGAAGUUGUGAAGGGUGUACCGGUGGUUCACCCUGAUGAUGGACUCUUUUGGUUCAAUCGCCCCCAUCUCCUUCUCCACCUUCUCAACUUUGUUCUCUUUCAGAAUGCAUUUCAGCUAGCCUUCUUUUCAUGGACAGCGUAUCAAUUUGGAUUGAAAUCCUGUUUUCAUGAGCAAACACAGGAUGUUAUCAUCAGAAUUACAAUGGGGGCUUUAAUCCAGAUCCUUUGCAGUUAUGUCACUCUUCCUCUAUAUGCCCUCGUCACACAGAUGGGUUCCACGAUGAGACCAACAAUAUUCAACGAUAGAGUGGCAAGGGCACUGCGAAAGUGGCGCCAUGCCGCAAGAAAGAAGAUAAAACAAAACAAGAAACAUCCAGGCCGAGUGACCGCAAUGUCAAGCAGUCCCAUGACACCAUCCGCGGGCAAUAGCUUGUCCCCAGUUCACCUAUUAGGUCACUACCGAAGCAAUAUUGAUAGCCUUGAUCAGCCCCCCUUGACCAGAUUUAACUUGAAUAAGGAGAAGUGGCUUGUUGAUGGCUCACCCUACCCUACAUAUCAUCAUGAGAUCGAACUCAGCCACAUGGACCAGGGUAUGGACCAAGCCCACGAGUCUAGUUCAUCGGUUGCAUCAUGUUCUGAUUCCGCUGCUAAAAUUGAACAUGAGGUGGUGAUAGAGGAUUCAAAAGAUUCUUCUUUUGAAGAUAAAUUACCAAAUGAAGACUAGAUGUUUAUAUGUAGCAAAAUAGCAUACCACAUUUGGUAUUGAAUUAGUGCUGAUAAUUCAGUUACUAAUAUGUAUGCUUUUUGUGUAAGUUUUAUUUAUAAUGUUUCAAUCGUCCCCUUUUGUCACAUUAGAAGCAUUGUUCGUGAAUAUAUAAUUUAGUGAAUAAAAUCAGUUUUGGAUGGUA